UUUGAAUAUACGAUAUGAGCAGUACAGAUACCAUUCCCGCCGCCGCCUCCACCACCACCACCACCACUUCAAUACUAUUUUCCCCCCUUUUCUCUGUCUCACCUGAAUUCUUCCUUGAACUCGAUAAUGGCUUCCCUCAGCCACCUCCUCAAACCCCAUUUCCUUUCUACCCCAAAACCCAAACUCCAACAAAACAAACUGCCCACCAUGGUCCGCAUGUCUUUCCAAGAAUCGGGCCCAUCCGUCGCCGUCGUCGGAGUCACUGGCGCCGUGGGUCAAGAAUUCCUCUCCGUCCUCUCCGACCGUGACUUCCCUUACCGUUCCCUCAAGCUCCUCGCUUCCAAACGCUCCGCUGGCAAGUCUAUUUCGUUCCAAGACCGUACCUUCACCGUCCAAGAACUCACUUCCGACAGCUUUGACGACGUUGACAUCGCUCUCUUCAGUGCUGGUGGGUCGAUAAGCAAAGAGUUCGGUCCCAUUGCUGUCCAAAAAGGUGCCAUCGUGGUCGAUAACAGCUCGGCGUUUCGAAUGGUCAAUGGGGUGCCAUUAGUUAUUCCUGAAGUGAAUCCGGAAGCAAUGGGUGGGAUUAAAGUUGGGAUGAAAAAGGGUGCUUUGAUAGCAAACCCGAAUUGUUCUACGAUUAUCUGCUUAAUGGCUGCUACCCCACUUCAUCGCCAUGCUAAGGUGACACGAAUGGUGGUUAGUACAUAUCAGGCGGCUAGUGGUGCUGGUGCUGCUGCCAUGCACGAGCUCGAGCUACAAGCCCGUGAGGUCUUGGAAGGGAAACCACCAACUUGUAAUAUCUUUAAGCAACAAUAUGCUUUUAAUUUGUUCUCACAUAAUGCCCCUGUUCUCGAGAAUGGAUAUAAUGAAGAGGAAAUGAAAAUGGUGAAAGAGACCAGGAAAAUCUGGAAUGACAAAAAUGUUAAUGUCACUGCUACAUGCAUACGAGUCCCUGUGAUGCGUGCACAUGCUGAGAGCGUGAACCUUCAGUUUGAGAAGCCUCUUGAUGAGGAUACAGCAAGAGAAAUUUUGAAAAAUUCUCCCGGGGUCUUAGUUAUUGAUGACCGGAGUGCUAACCACUUCCCUACACCGUUGGAAGUAUCAAACAAAGACAAUGUUGCAGUUGGCAGAAUUCGCAAAGAUUUGUCUCAAGAAGGAAAUCAUGGGUUGGACAUCUUUGUUUGCGGUGACCAAGUACGUAAGGGAGCUGCACUAAACGCUGUUCAGAUCGCCGAGUUGCUGUUAUGAUUUUCUUAUGGCCUUACAUGGGUACAUUCGUUCAGGCAAUUUGUUUUGAACUUUCUUCAAAUGCGGGGUAUUUAUUAUCUUUGUGAGUUGAACAAAAUUCCUCUCGGAAGGAAAUUUGUUUAAAUAAUCUUGUUCCUUAGAACUUUAUCGAUAAAACCGACCGAUGCUUGGCUCGGAAUGCCUGAUUCACAUGUCCCAAGCUCGAGAGCCGGUAAGACUAGACGAGAGAAAAAACCCGAACAACUUCAUAGAUAUAGACUAUUGAUGUGCCUUGUUCUGAGCAGUCUUACCUAAUGCAGUAAUAUAGAUCGUCAUUAGUGAAAUCUGAAAAACAAAAUGAGCUAUUCUAUGGCUGUACUCCAUAAAUCAUUUUUAGGGCUAUCUUCUGUGUGAUUUGUUUGAAUAAAGGAAUUGAAACUUGAACUUAGUUUCAAGAAUAUUUUGGAUCCAAUGAACUUGUUGUCAAACAUGCUCGAUUUCGGACGAU